GUCGUACGGAUGCGGAUGAAAAUAUGGUGCAGUGGUUUGUUUCGAUGUUCUCUGACGGCAUGGGACCCGGCACGGGCCGCAAUGGUCUUUUCGGUUGGAUCUUAUUGCGUGGAGAUGCGCUUGCUUCAGGAUGGUCGGCAGCUGCUGCCUCGAGCCCGUCUGCAGCUGAAGGGCUGGGAACGUGCGGGCCCAGGUGCAGUGGGACCCCCGUAUCCACAGAUCAUCGUGUUCGCCAUCGCCCUCGACAUGCUGGUUUGAGGCCUGGUGCGAAUGGCCGCGCGCGUUGUGCUGCAGACCAGCCUGUACUCACGGCCGUCUGAGACGCUGGAACUUCGGGAGAAUGGUAUCCUCCGCAGCCGCCCUGAGGCUGGCCGAGCUUGCGUUGGCCGCUGGGCGGUGGUCUUCGCCCCAGCCGAGUCGGGGAGGACGACAAAGACAGGGCAGACGGACGAUGCUGUUGAUGUGGGCGCGUGCGGCAGAGAGAGGGUCAGAGACAUCGUGGCAGCUCUGAACGACUCAGCGUUGCCUGGUGGGAGUGUCUUUGAUUUCGACCUCCCGUCUUACGAGCGAGAGUUCCGGAAGUUCAUCGGCUGAAGCCUUUGUGCACCGGAGGUCCCUCUCGCUGGCUUAGACACUCUGGUCGCUCCAACGACAGAUUGUUUGAAGAAGCCGGACCUUCACUCAAUUUAAAAGCGUGGUCGAUAGGUCAGUUUCAAAAGCUUCACGCGGUAUGAGAAGCAUGCACAGUUGUUGAAACCACUGGAGAAGUGUAAUCCUGAUCAGUUCCGAAGCGCAAAGCACGCAUCUGAAGUCUUGCCUGCCAGACUGCUGCACCCGCUUCAGGAGCUCUCGGUUUUAGAACCAGUCUCGAGGAAUUCGGGAGUUUGGCCGCGAAGAGACGGUCCAAGCGCAGCUGCCUUUGACAAGACUCGUUCUUGCCGACAUCGUGUCGCACGCCUGCUCACAGUAGCCUCAGCGCCCUCCGGCUUUUCUUUGUGGAGAGUAACCCCGAGGGGCCUACGUUUGUGCGCGGCUCGGCUUGCGUUUCCCGUUGUUGUGUCGGAUAUGUUCGCUGGUAUGCGGUAAAUUUUCCGUCGAGGGAGUUGUAAUAGUUUAGAUGUUCAUGUUUUCAGGCCAUGCAUAGCAUACAGGUCCGCGUGUGUCAUGAUGGCUCAAGUUCUGCCAUCCUACGUCCGUGAAGUGACGGUCCAAGCGCAGCUGCCUUUGACAAACUUCGUUCGUGCCGACAUCGUGUCGCACGCCUGCUCACAAUGGUCUCAGCACCCUCUGGCCUUUCUUUGUGGAGAUGAACCGCUGGGCCCGAGUGGCCCACGCCUGUGCGCGA